UGGUGGUAAAGUUACGACAGCUGUUCAGUGUGUGAUUUGGCUUGUUACUAUGUGCAGUCAGUGUAUCGUCAUCACGCCAGCUGUAGCGUUGUGGACGAAAUGAGCUACACAGAGAAACACGAAAACAUUUCGAAGGACGACUGGAUGGAGCAUUUCGAAGGUGUUCAUGUACAGCGUUCAGACAUGAAUAAGCUUAUUAUGAAUUAUUUGGUGACAGAAGGAUUUAAGGAAGCAACUGAAAAAUUCCAGCAGGAAUCAGGCGUGAGUCCGUGUAUGGAUCUGGAUUCUCUCGAUGACAGAAUACGAAUACGUGAUGCCAUUCAGAGUGGUAAGAUUCAGGAAGCUACGGCAAUAGUUAACCAGCUGCAUCCUGAGUUACUAGAUAACGAUAGGUAUUUAUAUUUUCAUCUUCAGCAGUUACAUUUGACAGAACUGAUUCGAAGCGGAAAAAUUGAAGAAGCGCUCCAUUUUGCUCAAGAACAGUUAUCAGAAGCUGCAGAAUCUGAUCCUACCGUUUUAAAUGAGUUGGAAAGAACAUUAGCCCUUUUGGCGUUUGAAGACCCCCAUCAGUCACCAUUUAGUGAUUUGUUGCACCCUACACAUAGACAAAAAGUCGCAAGUGAACUAAAUGCCGCAAUACUAAAAAUGGAAAACAGAGAAUCUACAACUCCAAAGUUGUCAAAUUUGUUAAAAUUAAUAUUAUGGGCACAAGAUGAAUUGGAUAAGAAGAAGAUUAAGUAUCCGAAGAUGACUUGCCUUGCCAACGCUGUAAUUGAAGCACCAAAAUGACAACAAAUAUCUCCCCCUCAAGAAUCUAUUGAAACUUCCAGUUUUUAU